AUGUCAUUGGCUCAAUCACUUCACUUUGAGCUCAGCACUCCCGCAUCGGAGACGCCUCCGAUUGUUGCGAGCGCAGCUCCACAGACCAGGCCAGAGCUGACACCCAGCUCACGCACUUCAGUCGGCGUCCAAACAAGCGAACCUGAACCUCCUGCUCCAGAUUCCGGUCAGCAGGUCUUUGAACGUGCAUCCUUGACGGUCAUCAAUAAACCCCGGCGACUGGCCGUUACGGCACUGAUUAUUUUGGCCAAUCUGGUUCAGAUGACGGUCAAUUUCUCUGGCAUCGCAGGGGGAAGUAAACUCACUGAAUCGAUGGGGGUCAAGGACUCUUACGCUUCGUGGAUCGGGGCCAGCUAUGGAUUGACGCAGGGCACGUUCGUUUUAAUGAGCGGUCGCCUGGGCGAUGUAUUCGGCCAUCGCCGACUCCUCAUUCUCGGCGGGAUCUGGCUGGCUGUGUGCACGUUGAUCAGCGCGUUCUGCAAUAACUUCUUCGCGUUUGUCUGCAUGAGAGCUUUAUCCGGGAUUGGCGGCGCCGCGAUCAUGCCGAACGCGGUUGCAAUGAUCGCGACGACCAAUCCACCUGGAAAGGUUCGCAACCUCAGUUUGGGCUUGUUUGGUGCAUCGGCGCCGAUGGGGGGAUACUUUGGGGCGCUGUUUCUAGGCGCGUUCCUCGAGAAGACGGAAUGGAAGUGGUUUUUUGUCUUCAUAGCGUGCCUUAACGCCACGGUCUUUGUCCCCCUGUGGGCUCUGACCCCUAAGGAAGUCGCCGUGGACCGACAUGGCCAAAUUGACUGGAUCGGCUCGGCUCUGGGAACUGGCUCCCUUAUCCUAUUCAACUUCGUCUGGAACCAAGCCCCCAGCGUUGGCUGGCAAACGCCAUACGAAAUCGCCCUCCUCAUCAUCUCCGUACUCCUCUUCGCCAGCUUCCUCAUCUGGGAACGCAACUUCACCCUACACCCAAUCAUGCCCCUCGACAUCUUCAAAGCCCCCUGCUUCCUCACUCUCAUCUUCGUCGUCCUCCUAAACUACAUGGCCGUCGGCACACUCAUCUGGUACCAAGUCCUCUGGCUCCUCGAAGUCUGGAACUGGUCACCCCUCGAGUUCGCCGUCGGAUGGACGCCGUUCGUGGUCUGCGCCACCGGCGCCGCCUGUCUCGCCGCAUGGCUGAUCCCACGCCUCGCAGCGCAAUGGAUCCUCGCCAUCGGGACGAUCACGAUUCUCGUCUCGAACGUACUCAUGGCCACCGUGCCCUUGCGCCAGACAUACUGGGCACAGAUGUUUCCUAGCGUUGUGCUCUUCUCGUUCUGUCCAGAUCUAGUCUACACGGCGGGACAGAUCAUCGCGAGUAACUCCGUCCGGCGCAAUCAGCAGGGCAUUGCGGGUUCGAUCAUCGGCACCCUGAAUCUCUACGGGAAUAGCCUGGGAUUGGGGUUUGCGUCGACAAUCGAGACGCAGAUCGCGAAGACGGGGGGCCGAAUUCUUGGGUACCGUGCGGCGUUAUACUUUGGUGUCGGCAUUAGCAUCGUGGCGUUAGUGCUGGAUGUGCUUUUCGUGAGGAUGGUCAAGGAUGAGCGGGAGGGGUGGGAAGGGGACGACGCGAAUUUGGUGGAGGUUGAUGGCUUGGAGCUGUCCGGGCAGGCGGGUACUACUGCAGUGCAGAUCCCUGGGGCCUUGGAGAGAGGGUGA